UGACGAGCAUCUGAUUCUUUCUUCCAUUAUCUAAUCAGCCAUGGAUUCAUUCAAAGGGCAAGGGGGCAUUCAGAUGUUGCUAACUGCAGAGCAAGAUGCACAGCACGUAGUUACAAGUGCUAGAAACAUGAAGAUGGCCAGGCUAAAGCAAGCCAAAGAAGAGGCCGAAAAAGAGGUUGCCCUUUACCGCUCCCAAAUGGAAACCGAAUAUCAAAACAAAAUAUCGGAGUCAACCGGAAGCUCUGGAAAUACAGUGAAGAAACUUGAAGAGGAAACCGAUAGGAAGAUUAAGGCUUUGACGAAAUCAACCACGAUGGUAUCAAAAGAAGUAGUUGACAUGCUCAUUGAACACAUUACAAGUGUGAAGAUUUGA